UUCUCCUCCUCCCGCAGGUGCAGUCAACGGCAGAACUGCAGCGUGCCGGCGUCGACGCGAGGCUUCGGCGACCCGUGCCCCGGGACUCUCAAGUACCUGGAGGCUCACUUCCAGUGUGUUCCCGUGAACCCUCCGUCUCACACUGCCCGGCCCCGGCCUCCUUGGUUCAUCGCCACCAAGACCACUGUCAGCUCCAUCACCGAGGACGACCCACCCAUCCCCUCGCCUCCAAUCAAGGGCCCCCCUGUUGGAGGCAGUGGGGCUGGCGGCGGUGGUCUCGGCGGCCCUCUUUCUGGCGACGAUGGAGAUGGUGGGGGAGGAGAUGGCGAGAGUGGAGGAGGAGGCGUUAAAGGAGGGGGAGGAGGAGGAGGAGGAGGAGGAGGAGGGGGAGGAGGUAACAGCGGGGAAGAUGGGAACAUUAAUUUGGAAAGCCGCGUUAAGGGACCAUCAGUCGAGGACCUGCCGCACACGACCACCUCCACGACGACCACGACCACGUUGCGGCCGCCGCCCUGGCUCAUCACCAACACGACCAAGAACACAACUACCACCACAACUUCCACCACGACCUCCACUACUACUACUACCAUCACGCCCAAGCCCGCUUCCUCGACGACUACCACGACUUCCCGGCCUCAGACGAACUUAGACAUUCCCGUUAUUUCGUCGGAGGCGGGAGGAGGGAGCAAGACGCGGGGCGACAACAACGAUCCUGAAGACGAUGACGACGACGAAGUCAUGAAUCACAACAAGGACGACGAAGCUCAGGACAAGGAACACGUCUUCACCUCCACAGUGUCUACUACGACCGUGUGGUCUGCACGGGCGGAGGUGCCAACAACAGGUGCUGGUCCCGUCAGUAGCGACGCGUCUUGGUGUCCCCCUUCGUCAGGUCGUGGUCUGUUCUGGAACUGGACGCAGGGUGGAGAGGUUGCGGUGCAGCCAUGCCCCGGGGGAGCGUCAGGUUGGGCGCGGCGCCCCUGUAACCCCCUGGGGUGGGCAGGCCCUGCCGACUUGAGUGAGUGUCGUAGUGUGUGGCUCACCACACUGACUUCCCGCGCCCAUACCAAUGACGCCGUACUGGCAGUGGCCCACGACCUGGCGGCAGUGACCGGGUCCCGGGCGCUGUAUGGCGGCGACGUCACUGCCACUGCCAGGCUGCUCAACAGCCUGGCACGCCGUAUGGCAGACGACGUCAACAACUUCCCCGACGGAGACCAGCGGGAGGCGCUGGUGACGGAGCUCGUAGGCGCCGCGGUCGCCACAGGAUCACAUCUGGUGGGCGGUCAGCGAGCGGCGUGGGCAGACCUUCGGCCCCCUGAACAUAGAGCCGCUGCCACCGCCCUCCUCUUGGGAUUAGAAGAGGCAGCUUUCUUAUUAGCCAAUAACCUACACCACGAGAAGACGGUGAAGCACGCUGAAGCCAAUAUACUGUUGCGCCUUCAGGUGGUGGAGACCAGGAACGUGGCGGCCGUCUCCUUCCCCUCAACGGGCGAGAUGUGGCUGACGGCGCCGCCGACACGGCCCUCCGACCCCUCCUCUACCUCAACGGGCAACCCUUCCUACCCCUCCAGCAGCAGCAGCAGCAGCAGCUCCGGACACCUGGACGCCUCGCCCUCCUUUGCCAGCAGAGACGGCCUUCAGGAGCUGGGGGGCGAGACGGCCAAGAUACCCCUAGAUACCAUCACGCUGCCCCCGGAAGCCCUGCUGGAGAACUCUGAGAACGGCUUGGUCAAAAUGGUAUUCUUCAGCUACGACGGCCUCCACCACCUACUGCAGCCAGACGGCCGCUCCUAUAGAAUCAACGAGGCCAACUUCAAGGGCGUGAACGAGACGCGGGUCCUCAACUCCCGAGUGCUGUCGGCGUCGCUGGGGGCGGGGCGACACAUCGAGCUCUCCGAGCCCGUGGUGCUCACCUUCGCCAUGAUACGGACCGUCAACGUCACCAACCCCGCCUGCGUCUUCUGGGACUACACCACCAGCUCGUGGUCGGAGGAAGGGUGCCGGGUGCUGCGCUACAACACCUCCCACACCGUGUGCGAGUGCGACCACCUCACCAACUUCGCCGUCUUGAUGGAUGUGCACGCCACCCCGCUAACUUAUUCCCACCAGCUCGCCCUCUCCAUCAUCACCUACGUCGGCUGCGUCAUCUCCAUCGUCUGUCUCCUCCUCGCCACUAUUGUCUUCCACGCCUUCAGGGGCCUCAAAAGCGACCGGACGACCAUUCACAAGAACCUGUGCGUGUGUCUGUUGAUUGCCGAGACGGUGUUCCUGGCGGGGGUGAACCAAACAGACAAGCCGGUGGUGUGCGGGGUGGUGGCCGGCCUCCUCCACUUCUUCUUCCUCGCCGCCUUCGCCUGGAUGUUCAUGGAAGGCUUCCAGCUCUACGUGAUGCUGGUGGAGGUGUUCGAGGCGGAGAAGCCCCGCGCUCGCUGGUACUACGCGGCCGCCUACGGCUUCCCGGCACUGGUGGUGGCCAUCAGCGCCGUCGUCGACCCCUUCAGCUACGGCACCCGGGACGCCUGCUGGCUCCGCGCUGACAAUUACUUCAUCUUCGCCUUCGUCGGGCCCGUCAUCGCCGUCAUUAUCGCCAACUCCGUGUUCCUGAGUAUGUCGCUGUUCAUCAUGUGUCGACACACCAACAUCACCGCCUCGCUCAAGAACAAGGAACACACCAAACUGGCCUCCGUCAGGACAUGGGUUCGAGGUGCAGUCGUGCUGAUGUUCCUGCUGGGGCUGACGUGGACCUUCGGGCUGUUGUACCUGAACCAGGCUUCUGUGGUGAUGGCCUACAUCUUCACCGUCCUCAACUCCCUCCAGGGACUCUUCAUCUUCAUUUUCCAUUGUGUCCAGAAUGACAAGGUGAAGAAGGAGUUGCGUAGGGCCGGGCGGCGACACCCCUGGCUGCGUGCGUGCCUGUGUGCUGCUACCGACCGCUCGCAGGCCAGCAAGGACACCCGCACCUCUCACAAUGCCGGCUCCCACUCACAGCCCAACUCGCACGCCUCUCAUACACUGGUGCCGCGCCUGACAUCAGGUCGGUGGACUCGGGGGGGCAGCAAGGGCAGCACCACGACUUCCUCGUCCCAAGCGGGGGGACUGCCCCAGGUCCCAACCACAGCGGGGCCUCUCAGGGGGGGUUCCCUCUCGAGGGCGUCCCUGUCGCGGGGGUCGCUCUCCCGCACCCCCCAGAGGAACAGCAGCGGCCGCUCAGUUCGCCACCACCACACUCUUCAUGCCCGCACCGCAGCGCACGACCACGAAGAUGAGAAGUACUCAUUUAAGUCAUGUGGUCGUGACAGCGGGCAUGGAGGGUCGGAGCAAGAGGACUCGCCUCGCACUGGCCCUGCAGCCAAACUGGCUUCCUUACGCCUCAACAACAACGUAGCACCCCACUUGCCCCCAGACCAUCUUGUUAAUCCAUUUACCACUGCCAGUGCUGCUGCCACUGCAAGUAGUAGUGGUAAUCAUGAUCAGCCACCCCCAGGACCAGAAGGUCUGCUACCCGACUACCGCCUAGCUGGGGAAACACCCACACUACGUCUUCCUACCUCCAACAGUGCUGCCCGUGGCCAUCGCACCCACUCUCCCUGGAACCAUACCUAUACAGAGAUUCCUGAAGGUGCUGCUACCACCCGUCAGGGCCCUGUUGAUGGUGGUGCUGACCCUGUGUAUGAGGAGAUAGAACGAGAAGGACGUUCGGAAUUACAAGUGAGUGAUCUCAGUGAUGAAGAUGGUCGACGCCAUAGUUCUGACAUAUCCCGUCAGUCAUCACGCAGUUAUGGUGACCACCGCCCACUGCUGCCCUACACCUUGCCUGAUCGUCACUCUGCAGCCCACCACCACCAGUCACAGUAUGACCCACGACUCAAGGCUCGUCUUCGUCACCAAGAUGGUGUGGAGGACAUUCAGACCCAUACUUUGCCUGAUGGUAGGCUGGGUGUGGGAGCACCUCUAGACCACACCAUCGUUAGUCCAGGACACAUUCUUCCUAUGACCCAUGCCACCAUCACAUCAGCCCAUGCUCUGCCUCCUGGGAAUGGUCACAUAAACACACACCAAUACUUGGAUAGUGGGCCUCACCUGGCUAAUAGUGGUCAGCACAUGAUGGACAAUGGGAGGCAGUUUAUUGAUUGCAUGCCACAGUAUAGUCAGGCAGUUUUAGCAGCCCUGGGACAUCCCCUCCCUGUGGUGCAUCCUCUCAGUGAGCCUAAUUUACGGAAUUGGGAGGCUGCUCAAAGGCAUCGAGACCUGCAGCAACUCCAACAACUAGGCGAAAUGACUGUAGCAGUGCUGAGUGGAGAACAAGUGGUGUGUAAGCUGAAGCCUCCUCUCGCUCCCAUCCAUGAGAAUACUGGAACAGCCCAGGUGGAGAGGCACCCGCCCCCUCCCACCUAUAGCCACUGCUAGGGUCUCUGUACAGUCAUAGUUGUGUACAUACGUGUAUAGUGCUUUAAAACCCAUUAAAGGCCUUUACGCUUCAUGAAUGUAGGUGUGUGCAAGUGAUGAAACAUACUCAUGAUAAUCAUUAUGAUAGAUAAUUUGCAUUUAAGUAUCAAUAAUGAAGUGGAACUGAUUGUUGCAAAACCCUAAGAGAUGAUCACGACCCUCGACAUGGUCCCUACCCCCUGCUCCUUUGUGUGAAUUGAGUGACGAGAGCAACUAAGCCCAUCAUCCUAGUCAGGUCUUCAGCAGGAGGAGUUCACACUUGAACACCUUCAGGUUAAAAUAUAAUCGAAAGUUUUCCUGUGCCCUGUUUCAUAGGGAAAGUUAAGGAUCUUCCUGAUGACUGUAGAAAACGUUGUAAGUGAACUGCAGGAAGUGCCAAAUGGAUGCAUAUAUGCACAAUGUUUUUUUUUGUGACUAGCAUCCCUUGACAGAUUCCUCCUGCUGGUGAGACCACACUACCAGGAGCACUGCGGACAUAAACUAUUUUAUAAGUGCUGGCGGUAGUUCCAUUGCGUGGACGUAUUUAUUGCACAAUUUUGGAAAACAAUGUUGUAGAUAGGCACAGUAAGGAUGCUAAAAAUAAACAUUCAAGUUGAGAAUUACUCAUAGAGACGAUUGGAACAAGUCUGUGAAGUAUUCCCUCAAGCAAUACAGUAUAACAGUGAUGCGGCUGAGCACAUUUAGACUUUGUUUGCUGAUGUCUGCUUUGUUACAGAAAGUUAUUCCAUGGAAUAAAUCAUCCAAGUUCAGGUAUUAAGAAGCAACUCCAUUGUCCAGCUAGGUUCCAUUCCUUUCACAUUUUGUUAGGCUGUCUUGGACUGAAGUGAAUUCUUCUUUCAAAAGUUUAUAUAUAUAAAUAUAUAAUAUAUA